AUGUCUUUUGUCAUGGAGGCCGGCGACUUCCCCCCGGAGGAGGGUGAGCAGCGGAGUUGGUUGAAGCACUUAGAAGAAGAAGCGCGAGGCAGUCCCGGCUCUGGCGCAAGGCGCCGAGGAGCAGCAGAGUCGUUACAGGCAAUUAGAGCCCAAAAGUUGAGCAAACAACUCUUUGUUGUUUGGGCUCUAGUGCUGGCUCUGUCCACGGGCUUUUUGGGAGUUCACCUUGGAGCACGAAACACCAAGAGGGGCAAAGACAAUGCCAUGUGGCUUAUUACCGUCGCUCUUAUGGAUUAUUCCUUGAUGCUGGGGUCGUUGUUGCUCAGCGGGAUCGGGGUCUGGCUAAGGGAUGAGAUCUACAUGCGGCAGUCGUCCAUGUUGCAGGUUAUUACUGCUUCCUGGUAUGUUAUUGAGCUUGCCUUCAACAUGGCCUUUGUCGUUAUCCUUUCAAAGAUAGGAGGUGAAUGGCAACGGCACGGGAAAUACACCACCGGGCAAAUCGAAAAAUUCAACACUUUCAUCACCAUCCUGGUGGUCCUAGGGUGUCUUCUCGCCCCCCUCACUUUCCUUGGCAGUCGGCUGUCGUGGAAUUUGUCAAAAGUUUACGAGGUGGACACCGUCGUGCGGAAGUUCCCCGAGAGGAAUGAGAUGCCAUAUCAAUACGGAACAUUCAAGGGCCCGCAUGGCUCCUCUCUAAACAAGUCGCAAGAAUACUCCGCUUCUCCUUGA